AUGGCUGGUUUCCCAUCCGCCGAAUCCUUCCGUCUCGUAUUGGUCUGCAUUUUGUUGGUGAUUUUGGUGUCCUGUUCCAGCACCAGCGCUGCUCCGUCGUUGAAAGAACAAUUAAGACAACUGCAGGAGAACUACAAUCAUUUUAAAGAAAAUGUCGAGGCUAGAAAUGUGGAAAUGGAAGCCAAAGUGACACAAUUGGAGGUCCAGAUUCAUGAAAAUAACGAAAUUAUAGAUCGUCUGGAAUCCAAAAUUGUUCAGUUGGAAGCCAAAGUCCAACAGCAGGAUGUACUUUUAUCUGUUCUCCAUCCACAGAACUCAACUGACGACGAUCAGCAACAACAACAAUUUUCAUUCUACGAUAUUAAUCCAAGCACAAAUCAAUCGGCGUCUAUUUAUAUUGGAAUGCCAAGCUCAUGUAAGGAUCUCAAACUGAUUGGCCACACCCUGAAUGGAUUGUACUCUGUGAUGGGCAACCAAUCAGUCGAAACUGUAUUCUGUGAUUUUACAAAUCUCAUCGACGACCCAGGUUUAGAAAAAUGGAUCGGCUAUAAUGACGUCAAAUCAAGUCCCGUUUAUUUCUACGUGCAGAAGAACUCGUCGUUUUUCGCCUACGAUACUCCGAUUCCGUUCGAGGUUGAGCGAAUCAACGUGGGAAACGCCCUGGAAUUGUCGUCGGGCAUCUUCACUGCGCCCCAGACGGGCACGUAUCACUUUUCCUUCACGGGAAUGGCGAGUUUCCCCACGUCUUGGACUUUCGUUUAUUUGGGAGUCGGACUCUACGUCAACGGCAAUCGUAUCGGAAUGGGUCUGGUUGAGGAGACAAACACCGUUAUCGGUCAAAAUAGUCAAUUAACACUCCAAUCGACACUCAAUUUACAAGUCGGUGAUAAAGUUUGGGUCGAGAUUUAUUACAAGUCAAAUUCCGUGUUCCUUUACGAUGCCAGCGAUUAUCACUACACUCAUUAUACAGGGUGGUUGAUGUGA